AUGGCGUCUAUCGAGACUGAUUCGUCGACUGAGAGCAGGAAGCUAGUCCUCUGCUUCGAUGGCACAGGCAACUCAUUCAGUGGCUCCGGUUCUGACACCAACGUCGUGAAGCUCUUACGUAUGCUUGACCGCAAUGACAAGCACCAGUACCACUAUUACCAGACCGGUAUCGGAACGUACGACGUUGACGACACCAGUGUCAACAAGAGUUGGGUCAGCGAGGUCCGCAGCAAUAUCUCUCAGAAGAUCGAUAUGGGCUUUGGCACCACGUUCGAUUCCCACGUCAUUGCUGGAUAUCGAUUCCUCAUGCGCUAUUAUGAGACUGGAGACAGAAUCUACAUCUUCGGCUUCAGUCGUGGCGCCUUCACCGCCAGAUUUUUGUGUCGAAUGGUCAACACCGUCGGUCUUCUCUGCAAGGGUAAUGAAGAGAUGGUACCCUUUGCAUAUAAACUCUACCAAGACCAUCUAGCAAAGGUCAAAAAGAGCGGCAAGGAAGACAAGAGCGCCGCGACCAACCCUAGCGAUGUUCAAACGCCCAAUGCGCAAGCUACUAAAGACACUAAAGGCCCCACCGUCAAUACCUUCGAAACGCCUGCGAGUCCACCGGAUACACCGAUUGACGAGGCCUUCCCGAACGGAAUCACCAGUCCCAAUGACACACACCUGAAGCCCAAGGAUAAGGGGGGCCGAAGGAAGAAGAGAAACGAGCUGGAUGCUUUUAGCAAGACUUUUUGCCGAAAAGAAGAGAGUGAUCACGGAAAAGAUAAUAUCAAGGUUUUCUUCCUUGGAAUGUGGGACUGUGUGAACUCCGUCGCAGUCAUUGAGAAAGCCGGCGAGCAACCGACGUCUGUCAAGGGCACCGCAACGUUCGUCCGCCAUGCUGUCGCUGUUGAUGAGUUUCGAGUCAAGUUCAAGCCUGCACUCCUCGCACAGGAUAUCAUCAAACCACCCAAAACUGGCAAAGUCAAUAGUGCCAAGAAGAGACACGAACACAUUGAAGAUAUCAAGGAGGUUUGGUUUCCUGGAAACCAUGGCGACGUCGGUGGUGGUUGGUCAGCUAUCAAAGAUGAUCCUACUUGGAAGGCUAAGGAGCUCCAGAGAAUCGAGGAUGAGAGGCUGGAAGACGAUGAUGCCGGAACUGAUGAAAUCCCCACUUACUUGCGCAAUCCAACUCUAUGGGGACGCUUUCUGAGACUGAUUGGACGGGGAAAGAAGGAGGAUGAUCUUGAUGACACGGAAGAUAUGCAGCUGAGUGACAUACCUCUUUCUUGGAUGAUUCGCGAGCUCGAAAUCGCGGACCAGGAUUACGAGAAGAAGACGGGCAAGACAGGCCUGAAGUGGCGACCAAGGCGCUUGAACCGCUUCAAGGACAGCAUUUAUCACGACAAGUACAAGCAGUCGCAGGCUCUUCAUGGAUGGAUCCAUAACAUCCUUCGAUUCGGGCACGGAAUGGGCUACUUCAAGCCUAUGAUGUGGUACCUACUUGGAGGCAUGCUUGAAGAAGAACCGCGAUCACUAUGA